GAGGAGGGUCAUACGUGUGUCACUGCAGAGAACGGGGGGAACGCAGGCAGCCAGAACAGGACCGGGAUAAUCGGAGAAUCCCAAUAACGAGCGCGUUAGUUUCCGUAUGAACGCGCUGGAAUAGCAUCCUGCAGCAGAGCGGAGGGUUGGAAUAAAAGGUUUAUUCCGCAGCAGAGGGUUGGUAUAGCAGAGAAGGAACACACAAAGGAGCCUAUCCACAAUAAUAAAAAAAAAUGACCAGCCAGUCUCAGGGGAUCCAGCAGCUGCUGCAGGCGGAGAAGAGGGCGGCCGAGAGGGUGUCAGAGGCCCGAAAACGUAAAGCCCGCAGACUAAAACAAGCCAAGGAGGAGGCGCAGGUUGAGAUUGAGCAGUACCGCGUGGAGAGAGAGCGGGAGUACCAGAAUCAGCAACGCACGGCGCUGGGCACUCAGGGGGAUCUGUCCUCCGAAAUCGAGGCCAGAACCCGCCAGACGUUACACACGGUGCAGAGCUGUCACGGCAAAAACAAGGAGGCCGUUUUGAGGAGACUGCUGAGCCUGGUGUGUGACGUGAAGGCCGAACUUCACCCCAACUAUCGCUUCGCUGGAUAACCUUCUCUCUGUCGGAGGGUAAAGCCCCGGCGAGUGUAUUUAAAGUGAGAGUGCUCGUUAUCUGCUAUACAGUGUCUGGGGGGGGGGGGUUAUUAACGAAUUCCGGGCGUCCCGUGUGUAUUUUAAGCUGCUUUAACCAAUAAUCACCAUCUGCUUCCCGACACCCGCAUGCACGAAAUCAAAAA